AUGUCUGGAAGAAGGAAGGCCAGUGGGAAAGCUUGGGUCAAGGCCAAGUCUCGCUCCUCCCGAGUUGGACUGCAGUUCCCGGUGGGCCGUUUUCACAGGCUGCUGAGAAAGGGCAACUAUGCUGAGCGUGUGGGUGCCGGAGCCCCGGUCUAUCUGGCUGCUGUGCUAGAGUAUCUGAUGGCUGAAAUCCUCGAGCUGGCCGGUAACGCGGCCCGGGACAACAAGAAGACCCGCAACACCCCCAGACACCUGCAGCUGGCCGUCCGCAACGACGAGGAGCUCAACAAGCUGCUGGGAGGGGUGACCAUCGCUCAGGGCCGGGUGCUGCCUAACAUCCAGGCCGUGCUACUGCCCAAGAAAACCAGUGCUGCAGGCUCGAGCACCAAGUGA